AUGUUUCCUGUAAUUAUUAUUGCUUUGAUCAUUUUAGGAAUUGAGUUCAUUGCAGGGAUUUUAGCAAAUGGAUUGAUAAUUAUUGUGAAUUUCAGUGAAUGGAUCAGAAACAGAAAACUGACCUGUUGUGACGUGAUUCUGACUAGCCUGGGCAUCUCCAGAUUUUUCCUACAGUGCACAAUAAUCAUUAACAAUAUCUUAUUUCAAAUACCUCAAGGCAUUGAUGAAUGGUCCUACUAUUUAUGGACAGUGAUAAUGAGUGCUUAUCCUUCUGGGCACUCUAUUAUCCUAAUUUUGGGUAAUGUCAAACUGAAGAGGGUAGCAGUGAGGGUUUUGCACUAUGCUGGUUGCAGGCUGAGAGAUGCUGUUUCAUAA